AUGUCUCACCCUCACAUCAAUACAACAACAACAACAUUGGGCAAUGGUGAUGAUCCUCAGCCCAUCUCGAUAAGGCGAGACAAGAGCAAUACAUCUGUGCAUCAUUUAGAUCCACAUCAUUCUCAACAUCAACAACAUCAUUCCUCACCUAUUCCAACACCAUCCUCACAUGGAAGCACAAAGAAUUUGAUGGAAGAUGAAGAUGAUGACCAAUAUUGGGGAAAACCCAUCAAAAACUCGCAAGAUGAAGAAGUUGCAAAUCAACCAAUGAAUAAGGGUGAAGCUUCCUAUGUGGGAAGUAAUACCAGUUAUUCAUCAUCAGCCUUUACAAAUCCUCAAUCACCAUUACUAGCAUUUCGUAAUUCCAUAUUUGAAUUUAUUGUUUCUUUCAAGAGGAAUGAAUCUUUCAUCAAGAGCAAAUACCAAGCAGUCGCAUGGAUUAUGUUACAUAUUUACAUGAUAUACUAUUCUUUGAUAACCUGUUCAAUAACAACGACUGCGAGUGAGGAGAGUAGUGGAGCAAUAUGCAAAGAGAUUGAAGCCAACUCUGAGAAUUAUGCUAAUGUUAGUUAUGAAGUUAAAAAAUUAUUAGAGAGACUCGAUAAGAAACAAUCUCAGAUACUGGCAUUGCACCAGGAAUUUUUCAAAGAGCUUUCCAGUGAAAAUCCUUCUGAGGACAAACUUGAAAAGAUUAACAGAAAAUCCAAUAAUUUGAUAAUAUUUUGUGAAAAUGCAUACAAGAAUUGCAUGUAUACCAAUAUGAACAACAAGACCCUGUUGAGAGCUUACGCAUACUUUUUGGAGAUAUUUAGAUUUGAGAUUGAAGUGGCCAAUGAAUUAUAUGAGGAGGCUAAUCAAAUUGAGGAAGAGAAAUCCAAAACCAACAAGCAGUCUCAUUCAAAAAGUAAUAGAGUAGUUCCUUAUACCAGUGCCUCAGAAGAGUCAUCACUUAUGAAAAGAAGGAAAUCAGACACUCUGAAACAUGGAGUAUCAUUCGAUGAAGUUGUAGAUAACUGGGAUUCGAUCAGUGCAAGAAUGGAAGAAUCAAUGAAACAAGAAGCCUUCUAUAGAAAUUCAAUCAACACUCCAGAACACAGAAAAUCCUAUUAUUUCACAUUUUUACCGUUUGUGAUUGUUUCAUUCCUUGUUUUAUUAAUUUUAUUAACAAUGUCUCUGGUCUUUUCGUCAGAAUUUACCAGUAGAACAGUGUUAGAAGAAAAGAUUUGCUCAAUAGCUGGUGCUCCAAGCAUUAUGGCCAAUCACAUUCGUUCUAUUCAAGCUAGAAGUAAGGAAAUUGAAGUGCAAUCACAAGAUGGUGAUGCCUUGAGUUUUGAACUUCAAAAAAUAUUGGAAAAACUUGAGAAGAGACAAGCAAAGAUCAUUAAUCUACAUCAGGAUUUCUUUAAAGAGCUUUCAAGCGAAAAUCCUUCAGAGACAAAAUUAGAGGACAUCAACAGACAAGCUCACAAUCUUACACAUUAUUGUGAAAAUGCAUACAAGAAUAGUAUGAGUUCCAAUAUGAAUAACAAGACUUUAAUGAGAGCAUAUGCUCACUUCUUAGAAACUUUCAAAUUUGAACUGGAAAUGGCUGCAGAACUUUAUGAAGAAGCCAACCAAAUUGAGGAAGAGAAAGCAAAGUCAACUAAGAAAAAACAACCAGAAAAUAGAGUUCUUCCCUAUGCUACUUCUACAUCUCAAUUAAUGAAGCACAGUAAGUCCAAUGCUGCCAUGAAGAAUGCUGUUUCAUUCGAUGAAGUUGUGGAUAAUUGGGAUUCAAUCAGUGCAAGAAUGGAAGAAACUAUGAGGGAGGAAGCAUUCUACAGAAAUUCUAUCAACAUGCCAGAGCGCAGGAAAUCAUUCUUUAUGCUUUUUCUUCCAUUUAUUGUAAUUUCCAUUCUCAUUAUUCUAUUCAUGUUGAUUCUUAGUUUGAUUGUUUCAUCAGAGUUUACGAGUAGAACAGCACUAGAGGAAAAGAUUUGCUCAAUAGCUGGUGCUCCAAGCAUUAUGGCAAAUCAUGUUAGAACAUUGCAAGCAAGAUACAGGUACUUGAACGAAACCACUGCUGGACCAGUUCAGCAUUUGGCAACACUGCAAGCGAACUAUGUUUUAAAUUUAGUUAAGAAUGUGAUGAGUGCAUCCACAGAGUCAUUCUUUCCAUCUAUUACAGAUGACUUCAUCUCUCAAAAGUGGACUUACAAAAUUCCAAACAAGCAGGUAGUUGGAGAAUCCUCUCAGGUUUACACAACCAUGAAUGUGUCAGUGUUGGAUUUCAUUGCAAUGUUUGCAGCUCAAGCUCCAACAGUUAUCAGUCAGUUUUCUUAUCCUGUUCAAUUGAAUAACACUGCCACAAACUUCCCAGUCUUGUUCUUCCUGUACAAUAGAGAGACGAUGACCGAUGCAUUUGAUGGGUUUUGCCAAUACUUUUUGACAUUUUCCAUGGAAAGAGCAGAUACCCUCUCACAAGUGUUUUUAUGGAGUUCAGGAAUUCUAUUGGGAUGCUAUUUUGUAUUGGUUGGGUUCUAUAUAUCCAUGUUGAGUCAAUACUUUGUUCAAAUAAGACAGGUCAUUUUUCAUAUCUUUAGAAAGAUUCAAAAGGAUGAGGUUGGUAAGCUAUAUCACACUUUGACAUCUACUAAAACUGGAGAUUACGGAGAAACUGUACUAAGUCCAAAGAAUAAGAUUAUCAUAUACACUGCAAUCACAUUUUUUGUAGUAGCAUUGGUGAGUCCUAUUCAGAUAUACGAAUUCCAACUCAACAAACAGAAUCAGUUUAUUACAAUGAAAACUGCUGCUUCUGUAAACUACGUUCUUAGUUCAGUAACUUCUGUGAAUUUCAAGUUGGCCGAGAUGAUUAUUGCAUCAAAUAUGUCAGAUUACACUCCCGAUGAGUUACACUUGCGGAAUCAAAAGCAAUUAAUGAAUAUUACAAUGUCCUGGUCUUAUGCUGUAAGAGGAGCUCCAGAGUUGGGCUAUUCCAAUUCUCUUUUUGGAAAAUAUUCUGAUAUUGACAAAUUACUUGCCUAUAAGUGUGAUUCAAAUACUUCAAUGGUUAAUUACACAAGUGGUCCGGCUUUGGAUAUUCUCCCAGACAGUUUGGUGAAGACAAGAGUUUCAUGUUAUGGUUUAGAAAAGUUGAUUCACUCUUUUCAAGAUCUAGCAGCAGAGAUUAAUGAGGAUUUAAAAGCAAGGUUUUACACAAAAUCAUACGAAACUGAUCAGUACUUUACAUAUCUGUACUAUCCAGCUCUGGUUGCAGUUCAGCUUAUUUACGAUUUCACAAGCACAUAUGUACAGAAUACAAAACAAUCAGAAGAUUACUUGGCAAUCAUUUCAACCAUUCUGGGCUCAUUAGCAGUUCUUGUGUUUGGUUGGCUUUCCUAUCUAGCGAUGAUGGAUCUCUUUAGAGAAAUUCAAUCAUUAAGAAUAAUGUUGAAUUAUAUUCCUAAAGAUGUUGUUGACAUGAUACCAGAUAUGAUUGACUAUAUUUUAAACUAUAGAGUUCCAUCCUCAGCUCAAAAAUUGAAGAAAUUGAUAAAGAGAAGAAAUGCAGUCAUGUCUGGACUUGAAGUGGAUGAUGAAAAUAUGGACAUGACAAGAUCAAUUUUGAAUAGUGGUGUAGAUGGAAGCAUUAUCUGUAAUCCAAAGGGAGAGGUUGUAAUGUUCAAUCCUUCCAGUGAAGAUAUGUUUGGUUAUAAGAAGGAAGAGAUUUUGGGAAUUCGAUUAGAAACUCUAUUUACAGAAUUGAAUGUGGAAAAGAUUACAGUUCUUAUUGAUUCCAUGAAAGUUUGCAAUGAGGAAACAGGUGUUUCAGCAGAUUCAUUCGAAGUGACAGGAUUGAGAAAGAACAAGACCACUUUCCCUGCAUUUGUGUCGAUUUCUAUCAGUCAGUACCUUGGUAAACCAAUCUUGUCCUGUUUUGUGAAGGAUGUUACUCAAUUGAAGAAACAUUCAUUGUUGCUAGGUGAGGAAAAGAAGAAAAGUGAAGAGUUAUUGUUGAAUAUUUUGCCAUUGCCAGUUGCUAAUAGAUUGAAACAAGGAGAAACCUAUAUCGCAGAAAAGUUCCCAGAUGUUACGAUUUUCUUUUCUGAUAUGGUUGGUUUCACCAAAAUGUCUUCAGGAAUGGAAGCAGAUCAAUUGGUGAUGAUGUUGAACACAAUUGUGAAUGAAUUUGACAAGUUGACUGAGAAAUAUUUGAUUGACAAGAUCAAAACUAUUGGAGAUGCUUACUUUGCAGUUUCAGGAACUCACUCUUCAAAAUCAUCUGACCACCCUGAGAGAAUGUUAAAGUUUGCAAUCUCAGUUUAUUCAUUCUUGAGAGAUUUCAAUAUUAAAUUUGGAAAGGAAGUGAAUUUGAGAAUUGGAAUGCACACAGGACCAUGUGUUGGAGGUGUUAUUGGAACUAAAAAGUUUGCUUACGAUUUGUGGGGUGAUACAAUCAACACAGCCUCUCGAAUGGAAUCAACAGGUGUUCCAGGAAGAAUUCAAAUUUCAAGAGCAACCUAUGAAAGAGUAUUCGAUUUGGGAUAUGAAUUUGAAGAAAGAGAAUCAAUCUAUGUCAAAGGAAAGGGUGAAAUGAAAACAUACCUGUUAAAGGACAAACAUCAUGCAAACCCAUUGCCAACAGUUCAAGAAAUUCAAGAACUCAAGAUAGACUCCCAAUCUCCAACAAAUCUAUUAGAAUCAAGUUCAGUUGACGAAUUGACUGUUCUCAAACUCAAUCAAACAUCCAACACCCAACAAAAUUUACCAGAAACAACCAACAAUCUCAACCCUUCACCAACAAUCUCUCCCUCAAAAACAGAAGCUUAA